UCGGAAGAACAGCCUGGGUAUUGUUUUGCAUCAGGAGCAACUUAGUUGGAAGUAUCUUCGAGGCCUUUAUGGGAAACGUCUGAGACAGUUACAAGAAAUGGCUCAGUUACAUGAAGGCUUUUCAGCUGGCAACACCAUGGAAACUUCAAACUUUGCACAUGUUAUCUUUCAAAAUGUAGCUAAAAGCUAUCUUCCACAUGCUGCAUUAGAAUGUCAUUAUACUCUUACUCAGCAUAUCAAGCCUCAUCAAAAAGACUGGGUUGGCAUUUUUAAGGUUGGCUGGAGUACUGCACGGGAUUACUAUACUUUUUUAUGGUCUCCUGUCCCAGAGAAUUACACUGAAGGCACCUCAGUUAAUCGUGUAGUUGUAUUUCAAGGUUACUAUGUUCCAAAUGAUGAUGAGGCAUUUUAUCAGUUCUGUUAUGUCACUCAUAAAGGGGAAAUCCGGGGAGCUAGUACCCCAUUCCAGUUUCGCGCAUCCUCUCCAACUGAUGAAGAUGACAAUAAUUCUGAUAUCCUUGUAGUAACCACAAAGGCUGGAUUUUUAGAGCAAAAAAUUGUUGAAGUUAUAAAAGAAAAAGAUGAGCUGCAAAAUGAAAUAACUUCCUUAGGGCCAGAAAAGGAUCGACUACUUCAACAGACACAGAAGUUAGAGAAAGAAAUAUCAGAGGAAAAAGUAGACGUUCAUCCAGAUUAGAAGGUAAUAUGAGGAACUUGUUCAAAAUAUACAAACUCUCAAAAAGGAAAAUGAAGAGAUUAGACAGAAAUAUCAAGAAUCUUUUUCCAAAGUUCUCCAGCCG